GGUCUCCUUUUUUGCAGCCAAUCGGCGGGCAGCGUUCUGUUCCACAAUGGCGGAGACAAUGAAGCCGAGUGAUGGUCCUCCAGCUCCCGGUGUAUCCAGCAAAAUGUCGAGCUACAGGGAGUGCGUGUGUGCGGUACUGAGGCAUUUCUCAGACUUCGGCAGAGAGGUUGGUGGACGUGGUUCGAGUCCUGUAGCCCCGCGUGACUCUUCUGUUCGUAUGUGUUGGUGGUUAGCCUUCGUGCUAAUGUUUUUAGCAUCACUGCUCAGCUGCCUCGCGCUUUAGUCGUUGUUAGGCACACAUAACAAACUCUACCUUCAACUACAGAGGGUGGAAAUUAACCUAUUAUACCCACUCGUGUUGCUGUGUUCAAGAAGUAGAUUUUAAAGUCAUUACGCUUUCUUAAACUUUAAUGUUUUCUGCAGGGAGUUUGGUCUAUUUCAACACACUUUAUAUAAGCUACACUGAUACAAAAGGUCCAAUUAUACAUCUUAUUUCAAGAUACUUUACACUAAACUUUUCUUUUCCAAACAUUAGUAUCAUCUGAGGUGAACAUUAGGUCUCUCCUCCAAGUAGGGGAGAGUGGGGUAAGUUGAGCCACCCCCUGUUGCUUGAAAUGGUCAAAGAAAGUGAUCAUGUGACCAAAUAUUUAGGAGAUGGGCAUCAAUUCAUGGAGUGUGUGAAGAUUAGAAGCACAUGGGUGAAGGGGUAAGACAUUUAUUUACAAAAAAAAAAAAAAAAAAUUUUCACCCUUGAAAGUGAAUUUAGUCUGUCAUAAGUUUCAUUAGAAUUGUGUUCAGACCAAAAAAGAUCAUGUUAAAUUUGUUUUAUACAUCAAUGAGGUCAAAAACCUAACAUAAAAGUCCACCAUUUUAGCUUAGAGGACUAAUACAGUCAUCAUACUAGGUCUGGGGUAAAGGUAAAGGAGUAUGAUGAGGGGAUCAGAGUUUCAGUUCAGAUUGUUGAAAUGUUUUACACCAGAAUGUCCUUUUAUUGUCAUCAUACUAAAAGUACAACGAGAUUGGAGAGCUUCUCCUUUUCCAGUGCAAUAGACAAGUAAAAAUAGUAGUAGCAAAAGAACAAAUAGUUGUAAGAAAGGAGGCACUACAUAUACAAGACAAGAGUUCUACAGAACAGUAAAAUAAAACGUAUGUAAAAGAAAAAAAUAGAGAGAUAAAUACUAAAAAGACAUAUCAAGAAUAAAUAUGUAUACAUGUGUUUUUUAAUAUAUGUAUGUGCAUUUUUUUAUAUGUAUAUGGACAUGUAUUGCACAGGUUAAGGAUAUAAUAAUCAACACAGCAGCAGUAACAUUGGUAAUAUUGCACUUGUUACCUCAUCUUGAGGGCUGGAGCUGAUUUAUUAUUCUUUCCAAAAAUACAGCUGUGAAUGUUCUGAAUCACUUAAAGACAUUCUCAUGUUAAAAUAGCUUUUAAUAAAACAGCUUUUUAGCAGUUAUAUGCAAUAAUAAUAAAAAGAGUAAUUGUACCAGUAGAAUAGCAUAUAAUAGAUAAAAAUACAUGAAUGUGAAGAAGUGACUGUUAUUAAGGAAAUGAGAAGGUGAUGUCAACUUAUGGUCAACUUACCCCAUACACGGGGUAAGUUGACCAUAGGAGACUUCUUUUUUUGGCAUGCUAUAUCAUCAAGACAGUUAUGUUUACACUCAUUCGGUUGGUCUGCAGGGAUGCACAACAUCUUGAAAUAUAUGCAGAUACACUAGUUAGAGACAAAACUAUGAUUGACCUGAUGUAGUGAUCCGAAAUAAGAAAAAUGCCUCAUCUGACCCCACUCUCCCCUACUAGUAGCUUCCCAAUAGCUGCUGUGCUUCUCUUUUAAUUUAAAGGACCAUAUAUGUGUUUUUUAAACGUUUAAGUCUAUAUCUGAUCAACUGAAUUGCUUGCAACCAUCCUUUUCCCCUUGCAGCUCAAACUAAGUGACAAAGCUCUGAGGAUAGACGUCAACAUUGAUGCUGUAGAUCUUCCUUUGUCUCCAAAUGCUCAAGUUUAUAAAUGUUUACAGGAGCAUAUCAUGAAAUUACAGGUGAAGUAUUUCUCAUUUCAGCAUUUUCAAAAUAUUUCAACUCUUCUUGUCAAAAAUAGUUUGUAGAAAUCUUGUCAUAUCACCUUUCUCUGCUCUCAUUUGAUUCAUAAACAUGUUUUUAUCCUCCUGAUUAUUCCCCACAGGCUGUUUCAGAAAGUAUAAAGACGCUGAUGGAUGCCGAUGCUUCAGCUACAAAAGGCGCUGCAUCAAAUAAUGCAGUCACUUCAUCGUCACUCGCGGAACAGACGUCUGCGCUGCCGGAGCUGCAUCCUCCCGGCGGCUCAGAUGCUGCGGAAAGCAAGACGGCACCUGAUGACGUCAUGGUUCAGAUCAGAGCCAGGAAGUCAGAGGUUGGUCCCAGUCAGCAGAUCUGUCAGCUGUUCAGGCAGUGACAUUUUUGGAGCCCUCUUUACUCUCUGUCAAGCAAAUGAAUAAUCAUAAGUAAUUGCUCCCGAGGAUGUGCACAUGACGUGCCGCGGUGAAGCGAAUGCUUGAUGGAGAUCUGAUAAGCCGAGCUCAGCAGAGAAUAAGGGGUUCUUUAGUGCUGUGGUUGGGCAGAACAGACCACAUUGCUGGAGGGCUUUGAGAGAGGGCCAGGUCCUUGAUGGUUUAUGAAGUGGAUGCUCAUUACUCUGAGAUUGCAUGUGGAUGAAGGACAAGAGGCCCCAUUCUGUUGUGCAUUUAUUUUGGUAGCCAAGCAAACAGUAUUCAUAAUUCAUCAUAUGAUGAUGAUGAGCAAUUCAACUUUUUUUGGCUACCUGGAAUAGUUUUGUACUCAUUUCAUGUAAAUUACUACGUGCUGUUUGCCCCAGAUCAUUAUACUUAUGAUGGCAAAAACAAUCUCAUCGCAUUCUUGACAACUAUCAAUAACUCAUCAGUCCAUCACAUCUUAUUAUCUGUGCUGUCUUUCCAUUUGAACCCCAGAUUGAGCGGAGAAUAUCUGCAUUUAUGGAACGCAAGCAGAUGGAGAUCAAUGAAAACAAUGUACGCGAGUUCUGCAACGUGAUCGACUGCAAUCAGGGUGAGAAUGGGUAAGAGGUUGGGGGCAGGGUUGAGAGGGAGCCUGCACACAGAUUGCCAAUGUUUGGGAGAGAGCUGAUUUCCACAGGCGAGAGGUCAGGCUGAACUGCUCUAAGAGUGGGGCUGAAGUAGCUAACACACUCGGCCUCAAAACACAACCAGCUUUGUCCAGAAAAACCCCAAGACAGAGGGCCUUUUUCAAAAUCAAAGCCUGUGUGAGUCACUAGUUGUAAAAAUCAAGACAUAUUAAAGGUGAUAUUUGCAACUUAAGCUACACAUGUAUGUUAUUUUUAUUCACUCGGAUUUUAAAUAUGGUUUCUUGUGCAGAAAACAGCUGUGCCAGAACAGAUGCAGUUUUCACACCAUAUCCAGGUUUUAAAAGCCAUGUGAAAGGUAAGCAAACAUUUGACAGACAAAUGAGUAUUUUUUUUGAUCGCCCAGAAAAUCUUAGAAUUAAUACAAAUAAAUCUGAUCUUUAAUUGCCAGUUUCAUUUACAAUGCAGCCAAGUUAAAGUUUAAAUUCUAAGUCUUGCGGUGUGAAACCUUAGAGAAAAUUUAGACACAAUGAAAUGUAUAAAUGUGAAUUAAUCCAAGCUCUCCACUUCUCUACAACCUCUCUGCGCAUCUGUACAAUUCUUCAUUAAGUCUGUUAAUUCACAAAAAUACAAAAAUAAAAGAACGUCCUACAGCUUCUGCUCGUACUGACUGUACUUUUCUUUUCUUUGACUUCGUAGUUACGCGGGUGGUGAACACAUACGGGCCCCAGACUCGGGGAGGCCAAGGAGAGUCUGGAGAGCAGCAGAGGGGGCAGAUGGCAAGAGACUGUGGAAAUGCAGCCAUAGAGGAGCGACUACACAACAUUGAGACACAUCUGAAACUCCCAACAGGUCAGAGAAGGGCGCUGAUACUCCAGUUUUAUAAAAAUGGUUUUGAAUUGGAAAGAAGAAUCAAUGUACUCAAAGGAUGACAUGUCAGACUUAAUUAAUGAGUUUUUACCUGAUAGAAACUGUGUGACCCCAACAGAGCAACCCUCAACUCUGACCCCCGAUUCUCUUUAGCACUUAAACACAAUCCUCACUCAUAAUCUCCAACCUACAUUUGAUGAAUUUGUCAUGCAAAAUGACCAGUAAUCCGGGUUUUUGGAUGACUGUUUUCAUUCUUUCAGCGGGCCCGGUUCCACUGAGUGUGUACCACAGGCUAAAGAAGCUGGAGGAUCGUAUCCUGGAGUUGGAGGGACUCUCACCGGAGUACUUUCAGUCCACGGUGAGGCUCGUAGCUUUGAAGUAGACACAUGAAAGCCACUUAAUAAUCAUUAGUCAGUGCUCAGUCAGGAUUCAUACACAGGUCAUUCAGUAAUGGAUGUAAUUUUAGUGUUUGAAUUUCUAGUGCUAUUUUAAAUUAUCUGCGUAAAUUAAUUUGCAAAAAUCAAGAGUAGAAGUCUUAGUAUUUCUUCAUAACAUAUAUCUGAACUGGAGCUCUUACUUUAAGCUGCUCAAGGACAUCUUGCCUUAAAAAAACAUACUUCAAAACAUGAUCCUGUUUUGGUUUUGUUUUUUUUGGCUCGGCUACAGAGAGCAAAUCCUGGAUUAACUAGAAUCUUAGCCGGUUUAUUUAAUCUCAUUUGCUCUUCAGGCUUCCCCUCACAUUUCUGUUCGGUCACUGUCACCAUCUUUGGAGACAGAAACUUAGGUUUGUGCCACAGUGUCAACAGGCAGAGGCAAAAGGUGCCUGACUCUUUCCUGAUGUAACUGUGUGCUAAUAGGCUGAUAACACGACAAUUAGAAGGUUCUGACCAAUAAGAAUGAAGUAUUUAACACGACUGUUAACUGUCGACUCAGUAUUCAUCAACUUUUUCCUGCAUUUGGAUGAACUGCACUCUGAAUCCUCCUCUGUGUAUUCUUCUUCUGCCCUCUUCCUUCGUCUGUUUUAUCAGUUUUAACCAUAUUUUCCAUAUUCUCCAAACUUCUUGAACGCACUUUUGAUGUUAAAGGACUAUUUAUCGCAAUAUUUUAAAUAGGCAGUGUGAACAUCCGUGUUUACUCUCGAGCAUUUAUCCUCCUCUUUGCUUUUGCUUGUGAAUUGCUGCAUUUCAAUGAGUUAUUUCCCCUUGUAGCUCAGAAGAUAAGUGCGCAGAUAUUGCGUGAUCUGGCAAACAAAGAGUGCUAUGCUUUAAAAAGAUUCCCUUUGUGCUUCGUAGGUUUUAAAAAAAAUAAACUACACAGCUCUGUAAAACUGCAGAAACCUCACUGCAGUAUGAAGUGGUACAAACAGGCCGACAUCUAUAUUUACAUCUAUAUAUUUAUGUAUCUGCAUCCUUUCGCUUCCUUAUCUAACCGUUGUCUAAGCUUACACAGGUAACGCUCCAUUCUGUAUUUUCAGUCAAAAGUCAAAAGUUACCUUUAUUUGCCUGUUUCACACGCUCUCCUGUAGUGUGUGUACUUAAUGUGUGUGUGCAGCAGAUUAGUAUUUUGUUGUAGGCCAAAUCUUGUUGAAAUGAAACCUGCCCGGAGAGAAGAGUUUGUGGGUGAUGCUAAUGCAGUUUCCCCUGAUGUGCACAGAUACUCCAACACAUCUCCCUCCUCGAGCUGCACUUGACUUAAUUUGAGUAAAAUAUGCAACAUGUUUUGUUAGGUUCACUCUAACUUUGAGGUCACUGCAGAAAGCCCACUUGAAAAAUGACUACUUUUUCACCACACCGUACUUUUUAUAGAAGCACGGUCUCGAAAGAUCUCGGUAGGUAAUUUAUUGGACUCCAUAUUCCACCUCACAUACUUCAGCAGAGUCACACAGACUCUAAUUUCCCAUGUUGAAGGAGUCUGUCCAGCGUGUUUGGUUAUCUGAGAGAGUGUGCUUAAGAUGCUGCAUGUCUCUUCACGCUGGUAUUUGUGAGCACAGCAUGCUGCUUCUGUGAGUAUGCCGCUCUCCAUCUGCCUUUGACUCACUGCAUGUUUGUUUGAGCAGAGCAAGAGAUGUCGAGUGUCUUUGAAUAAACUGAUGGGGUCUUUUAUAUUCCGAGUACCACUUUUUUUUUUUUUUCCCCCCUCCUCUAUGGCAAUUUCUGAAAAUACUGUAGUUUGGUGUUUGCUGAAGAGCCGUGCACAGUUGGCCCACGAUUCCAGGAACAACAUUUUAACACUGCAGAGGAGGCUCCCUGACAAAAACGGGAAACUUGUCAGGUUUUACAGUUAGAGUCGAAGGUGUGGAUUGAGAAUACGUUACUGUAAGCAGUGCUGAAUGAUGGGUAGUAUUCAAGUUUUGUCAGAAUAUAACCUUAAAUUUAAAUGAAUAAAGACUAUUUCCCUCGAUUAAUCUUCGGUGAAUGUCUGCAAAAGUUCCUGUCAGUGUUAUAACUCUUCUCGGUUAUAAUAAAGUUAUAAUUAAGUGGUAUAGCAUGUGCUUUCUUUAUUUUAGGGUCAUCUCCACAAGCGACCGAAGACGACAGCAGCUCAGGUUUGUGUUUUUCUUUCUUCUCUCUGCAUUUUUUAGGCACAGUUUUACCUCUCCUCUAUCUAUUCAUGAGUUUGUUUUUGUACUGUUGAUGUAGGCGUGCAGCCUGACGGAGCUGGACGAGAAGAUCAGCGCAGCGAAAGCAGCACUACUGAAAAAGGCGUCUGAAUUCGGGUCUGGAUAUGGAGCAGAGUUUUCAAUGUGAGACUCUCAAACAUGUCUGUUUGUGUCACGUUAAAUUUCUUUGUACAAGCUUUGUUUUUUCUCAGUUUCAGGCAGAUUUACAUCCUUUACAUAGUUUUGUAUGUGACUGCUUUGUAAAUAAAGGCUUUUUCUUUUCAUGAACUCCUUCAAGACUUUGUAUUUGAUUAUUAACUCGACACAUCAGCUCAGUUAUUCCUUCAGUUGUAGAAAACAGCACAUCUAUUUACCAUUUUACUGAACUACUGAAUUUAAAUUAUUCUGUUAAAUAUAUUAAAAGCAAACAGUCCAGACAGGUUCCUCUUAAAAACUGUUUUUUUAGAUACUUAAACCUCAUAAACCUGCUCAAACAGAGAAAACAUUACAUAAAGCUAAUUCUUGUACUUCUUAACGCUGGGAUUUUGUGUGUGUGUGUUCAUGUGUGUGCCUUUUCAUGUUGUUUGAGUGUGUAAUUGCAACGAACCUGCGAGAGCACCUGAUUUCUCUGCUGCCUGACUGCUGUGUGAGGAUGAUCACCUCUAAUGGUUGUCAUUAUAACAAAUGACCUGAUUACUGCAGCUCUGUUUGGAACACAUAUCACAGCCCCAACAAACCAGCAUUAAAUGGGACAGCGCUGCGUUUGACACUGUGACAUGUUUAGAAAAGGCUUUCACAGGCGGCAUUAACCGAGCGCGCAGCUGAAGCGAUAAUGUGAGCCUCUGCGAUCUCUCUGAGCUGAAGUCAAGGAUGUUUGAUCGUUAAUACAGAAUCUUUCAGGUGUUAAAGUAAUUAGACUAUAAAAUAAAAGUGUGGUGGAGUAUAUUCAUGCUGCUGGUGAAGAUAGGACGACAAGUUAUUUUAGAUUUUCCAGCUUCAGAGCCAGAACUCUGUUACUGCUCAUGUGUUGUUGGUUAUUUAAGAUCAAUAUACUUUCUUUUUUUUACUUUUUCCAAAACAAAUACUCACAGAAACAGAUGUGUUUGAUCGCCAAAAGAUAGUAAACAAUGUACAGAGAUGACAGCCUUCGUUACAGCAGUCACUUGUUCUCCUCCUGCUUGCUCUCUGCUCCCAAAAUCUCCUGUUUCUUUUUAAUAAGGACAAAAAAGUCUGAAAAAUAUAGAUGAAUUAAAACAUCUUGUUGUGGUGCCAAAACAACAAAAAGUUCCUCACAAAAGUUCCCAACUUGUCUCACCAGAAAUCAGAUCUUCACCGCUCCCCAGAGUUUCAGUUUUCCUGUCAACAAAAAGUAAAAGCAUGAGCGAAAUAGAUUUUAAAAUAAGAAAAUCUGCAUCAAAAUGAGAAAUGUUUAAACUCUGUUUGCUGGUCUCUAUCUCAGUUUCAGUCCAAACUGCAAUCAUCUCUUGUUUUGCACUUAACACGUUUCCGAUUUCUAAUAAAAGCA